AUGUCGCGUGCUCUUCUCAUCACAGGAGCAACCGGUAAACAGGGUGGAGCUCUCAUUGACUCCGUGCUUGCGAGGCAGCCAGCCAACUUUCUCCUGCUCGCCGUUACGCGCAAUGCAAACUCCGCCUCUGCCAAACGCGUCGCUGCAAAAUCCUCCUCGAUCAAGAUCAUCGAAGGAGAUCUCAACGCUAUCCCUGAUCUUUUCAAAUCUGCCAAGGCUGUGGCUGGAGAAGUCCCUCUGUGGGGUGUCUAUUCAGUACAGGCUGCAGUUUCCACGGACAAGAGCAUGACACUCGACAUCGAGGUCCAACAGGGGAGAAGCCUAGUGGACGAGUCAAUCAAAGCGGGGGUUCAGCACUUUGUUUACAGUAGUGUUGAGCGUGGAGGUGAUGAGAGGUCUUGGGUUAACCCCACACCGGUACCGCAUUUCAAGACCAAGCAUGAGAUCGAGAUUCACCUGCGUGAUGCCACGCAAGGGACGCCCAUGGGCUGGACGAUCUUGCGGCCUACAAUCUUCAUGGACAAUCUGUCCCCCGGAUUCGAGAGUAAGGUUCUCCUUACCAUACUCCGCGAUACAUUAAAAGAGAAGCCUUUACAGUGGGUCUCUACUAAGGACAUUGGCUUCUUCGGUGCCGAGGCUUUUUUACACCCGGAUGUCUGGAACAAAAAGACAAUCGGCCUUGUCAGCGAUGAGUUGACUGCAUCUCAACUUGAUGAAUCUUUUUUUAGAGCCACUGGGAAGCCAGCACCGAUAACAUUCGGUUUACUAGCGAAGGCUGUGAAGGCGAGAGUCAAAGAGCUGGGGGUAAUGGUUGAUUGGUUUAGAGAUGAGGGUUAUAAGGCGAAUCGGUCAACCUUCCAAAAGGUUCAUCCUGCUCACCAGACAUUGGAAUCUUGGUUGAGGGACAGUUCAUUUGCUAAGAAAUAG